AUGACGCUGGCGAGGGACGUUGCACAGCAGUUUGUCUCCUAUGAGCCGCUGCGGCGACUGGUUUGUCUGCCGUACAGCGUGGAGAGGGAGCCGGAGUUUCUCAGCUUGAACAUGAACCACGAGGAUGCGAUGGUGGGUCGCGUGCUGCGCGAGAUCCGCUACAAGGAGUUGGUGUACGUUAAGGAGGGUCCGUGCCGCUUUCAUGACGUUCACGUCGGUAGCCAUCUUGGACCUGUAUCCCAAGGCUCCGUUGUUGUGCACCACCUUUGGGAGAGCGAGUACGAACUGUUGAUGCGCCGCUUUGGGAAUGAUACUUUUCCUUUGCCCCAAAGGUACAGGCGAAUGAGGGGAGGAUUUGUUUUUGAUUGCUUUUGGUAG